ACAAACUGGGAGGGAAAAUUUUUGUUAUUUAUUUAUUUUUCAUUUUUGUCCCCUUGCAUGAAGGGAAGGAAUGUGUCAAAGAUGAAAGAUCCAAGAUAAUUAAACACGAACGAAGUCGAAGUCUACUACGUAGGAAUGCCCUGUGCCGUGUUUCCUUCUGUAUUCCCGUGCCAUGUUCUUUCUCUUUAUCUUCAAUCUCGGAGAUCCAGGCAAGCUUCAAACUUCAAAGCUGUUCUUGAGGCAUGAAGAUUCUUUGUUCGUUGUCUACUUGUUUCUCUCCGUCGGUCCAAGACGAAACCGCCAAGCAAGGAAGAGAGAGUGAAGGAGCAUUUCGAGUAUUCACGUACGGCGAAUUGAAAUCUGCGACCAGGAGUUUCGAUUCCUCAAACAAGAUCGGAGAAGGCGGGUUUGGCACUGUGUACAAGGGGCGGCUUCUGGAUGGCACAUUCGUGGCGGUCAAGGUGCUUUCGAUUGAACUGGAUUCCCUGCGAGGAGAGAAGGAAUUUGUAGCAGAACUGAGCACUCUGGGCAAUAUCAAGCACGAGAAUCUAGUCACUCUUCGAGGUUGUUGUGUGGAAGGAACUGACAGAUACUUAGUCUACGAGUUCAUGGAAAACAACAGCCUUCGCCAGUACUUUUUAGUUUCAAAGGAGGGCAGAAUGAGAUUCGACUGGGAAUCAAGGAGGGAAGUAUCCAUUGGAGUGGCUCGAGGGCUUGCGUAUCUGCACGAGGAAGUUAAGCCCUAUAUCGUGCACAGGGACAUCAAAGCGAGAAAUAUACUUCUUGACCGACGUUUGAGGCCAAAAGUUUCCGACUUUGGUCUGGCAAAGUUACUGAGAGACGAUAAGUCCUACGUUAGUACCCAAGUCGCAGGGACAUUGGGUUAUCUUGCUCCGGAAUAUGCCAGUUCUGGGAAGGUGACUAGAAAAUCAGAUGUCUACAGCUACGGAAUAUUACUCCUUGAAAUUGUGAGCGGCCUACCUGUGGUUGAUCCUUCCCAAGAUACAGAACGUUUCCUCGUUGAGAAGGCGUGGGCGGCCUAUGAAGCUGGUGAUUUACCGAAAAUGGUGGAUGAAGAGCUAAAGGAGAGCUUCCCAGAGGAAGAAAGCGUCAGAUUCCUGAAGGUGGGGCUGCUUUGCGUUCAAGAAACAGCGAAGCUAAGGCCACGAAUGACCGAAGUGGUGGAGAUGUUGAGCAAUAAUAUUGAAAUGGCAAGUGUGAGUAUUUCAAAACCAGGGCUUGUGCCUGAUCUCAGGGCUAUCAGAAUUAAAAACGCACCCCAUUCUGAGGCAUCCACCUCCCGUGCUGCUACCCAUGCAAGUUCCAUUUGGAGUUCGGCCAAUCUUGGCCGUUAAUUACAUUCCAAAAUCUUGCGCUUCAAUUUCAGAUCAUCCCCAGUUAAUGCCCAAGAACGAGAAUUAAUUGAUGAUUAACUAGUUACUAUAAUUUAAUUUUAGUUCUUUUUUCUUUUGUCAAGUAUUCUGUGGGUUUGCAUUCAACUUGAUUUAUUGCGGUAUGGACUGGGGAGGCAGAGUAAGAGGCCCAUUUUCUAGUCUACGCCGCGGAGAACUGAUUUUUUUUUGGGGGGGGGGGGCUCACUUCAAUCAGGAAAUUCCAUUAUUGACUGUGUGUAUUGGCAAUGUGAUGAUGGAGACCGUUGUCAAAUAAAUGAUUUUUUAUUGUAAAUUGAUGUUAUUUAUUGAUGAAAAAUUGAAAAUAGAGGGAUAUCAUGAAACCCAA